AUGGGCGAGGCGAGCCGGGUGUGCUCCGGCUACUACAGCCUCAACCGCAGCUUCGUGGAGCCCUUCCCGUGCCCCCGGCGCGGGGAGGCGGCCGCGCUCCGCUACUGCUGCGGCUUCGCAGACCUCAAGUACUGCUGCAGCGAGCCGGGCAGCUACUUCCCCUACAAGCACAGCUACAUGUGGAGCCUCAGCAUCGGUGCCCUGAUUGGAUUGGGAAUUGCUGCCCUUGUUUUACUUGCCUUUGUCAUCAGUGUCUGUGUCCUUUGCUAUCUAUUUCUGCAUACAAAGCCUCAAAGAUUAGACACUGGCCUUAAACUUCAACACCUAGAGGCUCCUUCCACUCAAGAAGGCAACUCAAAUAGGAAAAUCAAAACCCCUAAUUCAAACGCAGCAUCAAAUUCAACGAACGAAACAAUCUAUGAAGCUGAUGAUAUAAUUGAGGGAAAAACAAUGGAUACAACACAAAUCAACAUCGUGCAUUAUUAA